CAAAUUUACGUCGGAGUGAUGAAUGCCUACAAAGCGGCAGAGAAAAAAUGGAAAAGCUUCAAGGUGGCGCGAGGAGAAGCAUGGGAAGAACGAGUGCCGCAUUGGUCAUCUGACUUGAUAGACCUAGAGGCUUCGAGUGCGCAUGGAGCAAGACAGAUUGACAUGAUUGAAGUGGACCCAGGACGGCAUCGGCCUGUCUAUUCCUUUUGCUCGCAUAACGGCACCGACAAGACACAUGAAGGCUUUUAUGUGAUUCCAGACGCACUAGACCACGACACCCAGAGAAUGCUCGCUGUCAAGUGCUUGACCGAGUACGCCGAGCCACCACACACGACAAAUCUGCAUCAAUUGAACCAGCAGGUCGAACAGAUUUGGCAAAAGUCGCUGAAUUGCGCCAAUGCGAAAACGAAAGACCCCAUGCAGAGCCUUCACUGGGCUGCACUGGGGUAUCAUUACGACUGGACUCAGCGAGCGUAUCCUGACCAAGCGGGCUCUCCCAUUCCCGAAGAGCUAGGAACUCUUGGAACGAAAUUUGCAAGUGCCGUCGGGUUUGAGUUACUGUCUGAAGCCGCCCUUGUCAACUAUUACAAACCGACAUCUACAAUGGGUGGACAUCAAGACGACGUCGAAGUCACGUUUGACCAUCCCGUUGUCUCGCUAUCCAUAGGAUGUAGCGCCAUCUUUCUGAAGGGCGGUUUGUCGAAGGAGAUUGCGCCUCUGGAGCUGCUCGUUCGAAGUGGAGACGUCGUGAUCAUGGGCGGCAACUCACGCUUAUGUUUUCAUGGCAUUGCCAAAAUUCUUCCCGUGCUCCACCUGGAUGCCUUUCCACUCUCGGAGCAGCGUUCUCCUGCGACACCAGCUGUCGCCACGUUCUUGCGGGCAAACCGACUCAACAUUAACGUCCGACAAGUGUUUCCACAUGCCGCCACAAGCGAUUCAGACAACAGAGGCCAGAAAAAACAAAAGAUUGAAGAUGAGUAACAAGCCAUUACUUUGUUUAAGGCACCCCGUCAAGGUGCUCCAAAACAUUGUCGAGAUAAGCUUGCAUUUUCUUCAAAGCAAGCCUCGCUUGCUCUUUGUCGCUGUUUUGUGUCAGGCGCAAGAGGUCUUUGCCGUUGGUGAUGUCGACAACAGAUUCGGCAUUGGUCGUUUUGUCUUUGAUAACAAUAUUCAUGUGGGUCGCGUUGGUUUCGUCCAUCAUUACAAAUAGCUUUCCUUUUGUUGCUGAUGAAAUGGGCAAUGGGUCGGCUUCAAUGGGAGAUCCAUUACUGGAAAACGUUUGCUCGCCGAACUUACGACGUCGAAUUGUCGAGGGAGUUUGAAGUCGAAGGCUUCGUCGUCGUGAUGGAGUUUCCAAGCUUCCUCCAGAACCAUCCUUGGACGGUGUGAAGAGUGAUAAUGUCGACAAUUGCCUUGAUUUUGUUCGUGCUUGACGAGCUUUGGGUAAUACCGACGACAAGUCCCCCUUAUAUUCGAGGAGAAAGGAGUCGAUGGGCAUGGAUCGAAUUUUCUCGGGAAUUGGAAUGGUAUCCCGAAUGAAUUGAUUCUUCAAUUCUUCCACGUAUCCAUCCAUGAGAGUUUUAAGCCGCUUGCAUCGCUCCUCCACCUGCCGCUCCAUGUCGUCGACCUUUGACUUGACUUGGAGCUCCAUGUGUU